GUUGCAACCGGCACCCAGCAGCGUGCGCGUCGCAGAGCCUCGUUGCGUCUGCAAGGCCCUGGCGCGUCGAGACCCGACAUUAGCCGACCCCCAGCCCGCGCGCGCCUGCCCACCCCCAGCAUCACCCCACUCUCCCGGCCAUAUUUCUGCCCCGCGCGAGCGAAAAGGUUUACUAGCUCACUCAUCAUGUCCGACUGGUCUCAAUGCUCUUCCUCGCCGUCUGCUGCCGAGACGUCCUUCGCGAAGGCGGACGCGAGCCCUGCGCGCGGCGCCGCGCUCGCGCACAGGCGCUGCAGCACCUCCGUGCAGGUCCCCUCCGUCAGCGCCAGACGAGGAUCGAACGCUGUCCCUCCUGCGAUGCGCCCCGCGCUCCGGCGACGUACUUCCUCCACGCCGACAUACUACUCCGCCCCACCCACGCCCUCCGCCAUCCGCACCUCACCCUCCCUCUCAUCCGCCCAGCCCUCAGAUGCCCCAGAGCAUUCUCAAAAGCCGCGCUUCGACGCCCGGCGAGCGUCCAGCGAGCUCGCCAACUUCCAGGGCUACGUCAGCUUCCAGAGCAUCGAGGGCUUGGGCGGCCCGCCAGGCGGGGCGGACGACAUCGUCGACUCGCCGGACAAAGACAAUGCGUCGACAAGCUCGAGCAAGCGCACCCGCUGGUGGUGGUCGCUGCACCCGUAACUCGGCUGCGCAGUGGGCAUCGAUGUCCGAUGAUCAUCUCCUACUCAUGUCCUAUUCGAGGCCGGCCCUCGAAUGCUUGUGUAUUGCCUAUCGGCGUGUAUCUAUGUAUCUAUAUGGAAUUUCGCAAGGUCCUUACCACCGGGCGCCGCUGGGCGGCGCGCGAGAAGAGACAGAACUCGAAGCAUUCCCCGAAGGACUACUCUGUAGACAUCCCACCUAUGUUGACUCACGACUCUGCAUGUGUCUUGGGCUGGACGUCCAUGAUAUGCCCUUCAUGUCCCGUUGCACAUCAUGUACAAUAUCUGACAUGCCUUUCACGCAUUCCUGAUUCCUUCCGCGUCGCCGGUACUUACCAAGGUCCCUACAAUAUAGGGUGCCCACGUUCUGUACCUUCGUCAUUCGACGCCGCAAUCAGAUGUUCACUACACAUAGGGUGGCGGGGCGCGAAGGACGCCCUGGAAGCCUGUUGCAUAUAA